UGGCCUUUUAUGGAGAGGUGGUUCACUGGUUUGUACCUUCAUGUACAGACGUGAAACCUUGAUAACUACGGCCCAAAUUUCAUUUUUGCAAAAUCAGAUUUUUCUGUACAUGGAAAUCAAAACUACGUUUGAAGAUUAGGGUAUGAAAUUUAUGCAUCGUCGGUCAUCACCAUCAAAUCGGCCUCGUAGCUUCUUCACGGAUCGUCUUGAUUAAAUUAACCUAAAGUUUCAUCUAUUUUACUAUUUAUCACAAUGGGAAGCAAAGGUAGACUUCCUCCUCCUCACCAUUUAAGGCGUCCACUACCUGGCCCUGGAAUCGGACAUCAUGAUUCCAUUCCUCCUGAAAUCCAUCCUCAACAUGGUCGUUUUCCUCCAUAUGAUAUGUUACCACAUCCAGAAAUCAUGGAACAAAAGCUUGCUGCACAGCACAUGGAAAUGCAGAAACUUGCAACAGAAAACCAGAGGUUAGCUGCUACUCAUGGAACCUUGAGGCAUGAUGUUGCAGCCAUACAACAUGAGCUACAAAUGUUACAUAACCACAUAGGAGGUGUAAAAUCAGAAAGAGAACAUCAAAUAAUGGGGAUCUUAGACAAAAUCGGGAAAAUGGAAGCAGAUCUCCAAGGUGCAGAGCCACUUAAACUAGAACUGCAUCAGGCACGAACAGAAGCACAGAGCUUGGUUUCAGCUAGGGAAGAACUCGUUACAAGAGUACAGAAACUAACAGAAGAUCAUCAGAGAGUUCACAUGGAUUUGCAACAAGUUCCUGCUUUGAUGUCAGAACUUGACAUGCUUAGACAAGAGUAUCAGCAUUGUAGGGCAACUUAUGAGUAUGAGAAGAAAGUUUACAACGAUCAUUUAGAGUCUCUUCAGGUGAUGGAAAAGAACUAUAUGACAAUGGCAAGUGAGGUGGAAAAGCUUCGAGCUGAAUUAAAGAAACAUGCUGAAAACGACAGGAGGGCUGGUGGGCCCUAUGCUGGUUACAAUGAGAAAGAAGCUUCUGGACAUAAUCCUGUAGGACAGCACACUUUUGAAUCAGCCUAUGGUGUUGCGGGUGCUGGUUAUGGACCUGGACCAGCGGUUCCAGGUUAUGGUCUUCAUAAAGGACCAGGUCCUGGUGCACCACCUUAUGAACCACAAAGAGGACCGGGGUAUGAGCCACAAAGAUAUGAUCCACAUAGAGUAGGACAUGGUGGACCUGGUUAUGAUUUGUACAGAGGACCUGGGUAUGAUAUGCAACGUGGGUCUGGUUAUGAUGCACGAAGAGGGUCCAAUUCUGAUGCACAAGAUGCGGCUAAUGUUUCGUAUGGUUCAGUGACGGUGACUGGUCAUGGUGGAAGUGGGUUUCAGGGAGUACAGCCGCCACCGCCGCCAGCGGUGGAUGGUAACCACCCUGCCCGGAGAUAGAGUAACUUGUGUUUGGAAAAUGAACUAAUCUUGAUUUUGCUUUUUUAUUUGAUGUGAUAUUCUGGGUUGAUUUGUAAGUUACAGUGAUGAGGUUGCUUUCUUGGAAGUGAUUUGGCAAAUACAUAUAACUUUAUUUUUUCGAGCAGUUAUAUGGGGGAC